CAAGUUAGUCCACGUGUCCCUCAGUACAGUACAGUACAAUGAGAGACGUUUCAAGCCGACAACGGCAGAAAAACGAGAAAGAGAGCGGAGAAGUGGCGAUGCUCAUGCAGACCAGAGAAAAGACUCCUCAGGCAACGGAAGAGAAAGAUAUCGAUUCGUAUGACUUUCCAACUGAUGCCAAGAAGUCUGACGCAAACAGCAUCGCACUAUUGCUCUUCUUGUAUCUCUUACAAGGCAUUCCAAUCGGGCUAUCAGCCAGUGUCCCAAUGGUCUUACAAAGCCGUCAAGUCGGCUACGCAAAACAAGCCAUCUUCAGUAUGUCAUCAUGGCCUUUUAGUCUCAAACUAUUGUGGGCACCGAUCGUCGACAGUUGCUAUAGCCAGAAAUUUGGACGAAGGAAAUCGUGGCUCGUACCUGUCCAGUAUCUCAUUGGUGUUUUUAUGUUGAUGUUGUCAUGUUAUUCGAGCCGCUUACUUGGUGAUGGGGAUGACACGGAUGUAGAGCCAAACGUCGAGUUACUCACAAUGAUUUUCUUCCUUCUUUACUUCCUGACUGCAACUCAAGAUAUCGUUGUAGACGGAUGGGCACUAACGAUGCUUUCACGUCGGAAUAUCGGUCACGCAUCGACGUGUAACUCGGUCGGUCAGACGGCAGGAUUUUUUCUCGGCUACGUUGUGUUUCUGGCACUCGAGUCUCCAGAGUUCUGCAACAACUAUCUACGUUGGACGCCGAAAUCGGAGGGUCUCGUCACGCUAUCUGAUUUUAUGUUUUUCUGGGGCUGCGUGUUUCUUGUCACGACGACGCUCGUUUGGUGGCUGAAACAAGAGAAAGUUGACACGACGUUGGACGGUGAGGAAAAGAUCGGCAUCGUGGCAACAUAUAGACUUUGCUACUCAGUGAUGUCAUUACCGGCUGUCAAGCUUUACUGUGUCAUUGUGUUAACAGCGAGAGUUGGUUAUGCAGCGGUUGAUGCUCUCACUGGGCUGAAACUGAUCGAAGCCGGAGUUCCAAAGGAGGAGCUUGCGUUUAUCGGAAUUCCUAUGGUUCCUCUCCAGAUCAUCUUGCCGCUUGUGAUCGCAAAGUACAUGGCCGGUCCGAGACCAUUGGACAUACUUCUCAAAUUUGUUCCGUUUCGGUUGCUCAUUGGAGUCGUGAUUGCGAUAUUUGUUUGGUGGACGCAGACGAAUGCGUCUGAAGCAGGAGUUUUCUCGUAUUCGUAUUACGGAGUGGCAGUCGUUAUCUAUGGAUUACAGCAGGUGGCUUCUACUGCAAUGUUUGUUGCUCCGAUUGCUUUCCACGCACAAAUCAGUGACCCUACGAUCGGAGGUACAUACAUGACGCUCAUCAACACCAUCACCAACGUCGGAGGCACAUGGCCACGAACUCUCGCUCUUGCACUCGUUGACAGCAUAACGUGGAGAAGCUGCACGACAAGCGAGGGACACGAAAUACCCGGCAUUAACUGCAUCGGUCACCAUAAGAUUGACGAGUGUACAUCACAUGGAGGUAUGUGCCAUACACAACUAGAUGGUUACUAUAUAGAGACACUCGUGUGUACAAUACUGGGGUUCAUAUGGUUAUAUUAUUGUCGACGACUGUUGAGUGAUUUACAAGAUAGAGACGAAAGUGCAUGGAGAAUAUCAAGUAGACGGUGAUAUAGUCUGCAGCGUUUAUGUAAGAUACAAACAGAUAUAACACAAAUCAACAGCAUUCAACAACUAAUUUCGUUACAGCA